GGUUCGCGGGAAACACGUUUGACAUUCAUUUUUGAUUUUUGAUUCCAUUCCAUAACGAACUCUCUCUUCCCAAACUGAAACAAAAUCACGGACGCUUCGCUGUCCCCAUUUCAUGCCUCCGCCACCCGCGAAACUCUCUUUCUCAUCAGUCAUCACCCUCUCUUCAUUCCAAUCUCUCUCUCUCUCCGAAUCUCACUCUCUCAAUCUCAUCACACACUCACAAUGCCAUGAAGAAUGUCGUCCACCCCUCAGCCGCCGCGUUCUCCCCAACCCCAUUCCGCUCCGGGGACCCCCUCGCCCCUCGCCUCCAGAGCUAAGCUCCAGAAAACUCCCCACAUCCUAAAUCGACGCGCCGCCGAUGAUGAUGAUGAUGAAGACGAACCAGAAGAAGACAAACCGGAACACGAGAAGGAAGAAGGUGUACGUGUACGUCCCGGUUCUCCUUCCAUCUUGCUCGCCUCGGCCUUAGGGCUCAACCACAUUCGCACGCGCUACUCUUCCUCGCCUCUUCGCUACUCUUCCUCCCUUGGCGCCCCUCCCAUCUUCCCAAAGGACGCCAAACCCAGAUCCAAACCUUCCCAUUCCAAGGACCUAGGGGGAAAAGCUCAUUGGUCUCAGUCCAAAUCGUUGAAAGCUCAUUCACAUCUUCUUCCUGAGGGUAAUCAUGCCGCUUUCGCCAAAGAAAUGCAAUCCCCACGUUUUCAGGAAAUCCUGCGUCUCACCAGUGGCCGCAAAAAGAGAAACCCUGAUAUUAAGAGCUUUUCCGUGGAGCUCAACUCCAAAGGAGUUAGGCCUUUUCCCAUCUGGAAACAUCGUGUCUUUGGGCACAUGGAGGAAGCCAUGUUGGCAAUUAGAGCUAAGUUUGAAAAGUUGAAGGAAGAAGUUGAUUCUGACUUGGGUGGUUUUGCUGGAGAUUUGGUGGGUACUCUUGAAAAGAUUUCAGGGUCUCAUUCUGAAUGGAAAGAGAGGUUGGAGGAUCUGCUUGUUGUUGCUCGACAAUGCGCAAAGAUGUCACCUGCUGAGUUUUGGAUCAAAUGUGAAUCUAUUGUUCAAAGUCUUGAUGACAAGCGUCAAGAAUUACCAGUGGGGGUCCUCAAGCAAGCUCAUACGCGCCUGCUAUUUAUUCUCACUCGGUGCACUCGCCUAGUGCAAUUUCAGAAGGAAAGUGGCUAUGAACAGGAUCACAUUCUGGGUCUUCACCAACUCAGUGAUCUCGGAGUAUAUCCAGAACAAAUUGCAAAGUCUUCACAGCAGAAACCACCAAGUAUUCCACCUAGUGGACAUGAGAUGGCUGAGAAGCAGUUUAGAAAGUCACAUGGAAAAGAGCAAGAUAAGCUGAUGACAAAACAAAGUCAAGUUGACCAACUUGCAAGUGUUGUGAAUGACAAUGUGGAGGUUCCAUCUGCUGAAUCAACUCCUAGCAGCUAUAGGAUGUCUUCCUGGAGAAAGCUUCCAUCUGCUGCUGAGAAAAAGCGCAAAGACCAAGAUGCCGCAGACUCUCCAUCCAACGAUCAUUUGCUAGUCAAAGAUGAAAAUGCUGAAAAUUUGGAUACUUUAUCAUGUCAUCCUGAACAUUCACAGUCAUCCUCCAGAACGAGGAAGGCUUCUUGGGGAUUCUGGGGAGAUCAGCAAAAUCUAUCAUAUGAGGAUUCAAUGAUCUGCAGGAUUUGUGAGGUUGAAAUACCAAUUGUACAUGUGGAGGAGCAUUCUCGAAUAUGCACAAUUGCUGAUCGGUGCGAUUUGAAAGGCUUAACUGUAAAUGAACGCCUUGAAAGAGUUUGUGAAACUAUUGAGAGGAUACUGGAAUCUUGGACACCAAAAAGCACACCAAAAAGCACCGAUACUCCUGGAGAAACCUUUGAGAUGGUUAGAGUAUCAACAUCAAGUGUGCAUGAAGAAUUCAAUGAGUUAUCUUCAGAGAGAAAUAACUUAACAUGUAGAUGCUCUGAAGACAUGCUUGACCAUACCUCUGAAGCUGACAGUACUUUUGUCAUGGAUGAUCUGAACCUUUCAUCUGAAAUAUCAUGUGAAGCACGUAUCUGCUUAAAACCUGAUCUUGGCACAAAGGUAUCUUCAGCCGGAAGCUUGACACCGAGGUCACCGUUGGUAACACCACGGACCAGUCAGAUAGAAAUGUUACUAAGUGGGCGGAGAACAUUAUCUGAGCUUGAGAGUUAUGAUCAGAUAAACAAGCUAGUUGAAAUAGCUCGUGCUAUAGCAAAUGUGAACAACUGUGACUACAGUGCUUUGGAGUAUAUGCUGGAUCGCUUAGAGGACCUGAAAUAUGCAAUCCAAGAUAGAAAAGUGGAUGCACUUAUAGUGGAGACUUUUGGACGACGAAUAGAAAAACUUUUGCAGGAGAAAUACAUAUCUCUUUGUGGGCAGAUAGAAGAUGAAAAGGUAGAUUCAUCAACUAGCAAUGCUGAUGAAGAGAGUUCAGUGGAAGACGAUACAGUCCGAAGCCUUCGUGCUAGCCCAAUAAAUACUUGUUCUAAGGACCGAACCUCUAUUGAAGAUUUUGAAAUAAUAAAACCAAUAAGCAGGGGUGCAUUUGGACGAGUAUUUCUUGCCCGAAAAAGAGCAACUGGUGAUUUAUUUGCUAUAAAGGUUCUGAAAAAGAAAGAUAUGAUCCGCAAAAAUGCAGUACAGAGUAUUUUGGCUGAGCGAGACAUCCUUAUAUCUGUUCGAAACCCUUUCGUGGUCCGGUUUUUCUACUCUUUCACAUGUAGGGAAAAUCUUUAUCUGGUAAUGGAGUAUUUAAAUGGCGGAGAUCUUUAUUCUCUGUUGAGAAAUCUAGGUUGCUUAGAUGAAGCUAUGGCUCGUGUAUAUAUUGCAGAAGUUGUUCUUGCUUUGGAGUAUUUACAUUCCUUAAAUGUGAUUCACAGAGACUUGAAACCAGAUAACUUGUUGAUUGGUCAAGAUGGUCACAUUAAGUUGACAGAUUUUGGUCUCUCUAAGGUUGGUCUUAUCAACAGUACAGAUGAUUUGUCCGCACCAUCCUUUUCCAGUAAUGAUUUCCUAGGAGAUGAUGAACCAAAGUCUCAACACUCUUCAAAAAGGGAAGAACGUCGAAAACAAUCGGUAGUGGGCACCCCAGAUUAUUUGGCACCGGAAAUACUCCUUGGCAUGGGACAUGGUGUAACUGCAGAUUGGUGGUCUGUGGGUGUCAUACUUUAUGAGCUUCUUGUGGGUAUUCCACCAUUCAAUGCAGAACAUCCGCAGCAAAUUUUUGACAACAUAAUUAACAGAGACAUACAAUGGCCAAAGAUUCCUGAAGAGAUCAGCUAUGAUGCAUUUGAUUUGAUGAAUAAAUUAUUGAACGAAAAUCCCGUCCAAAGGUUAGGUGCAACAGGAGCUACAGAAGUUAAACGCCAUGCUUUCUUCAAGGAUAUUAGUUGGGAUACUCUAGCAAGGCAGAAGGCUAUGUUCAUACCAUCAGCUGAAGCUCUUGAUACAAGUUAUUUUAUGAGCCGGUACAUUUGGAAUCCAGAGGAUGAACAUUGUGUUGGCGGUAGUGAUUUUGAUGACAUUACUGAAACAUGCAGCAGUGGUUCAGGAAGCGAUUUAUUAGAUGAAGAUGGUGAUGAAUGUGGUAGCUUAGCAGACUUCCCUGGUCCAGCUCUUGAGGUGCAGUACUCGUUUAGUAAUUUCUCAUUUAAGAACUUGUCUCAGCUAGCAUCUAUCAAUUAUGAUCUGGUGAUUAGGAACUCCAAGGAAUCACCCAAUGACUCGAAUCCAUCUGUAUCAUGACAUUGCUAAAGAGGUUUGUAAGUUUCUCCAAGCGAUAAGGUCCGAAUAGGGAUUUCAUUUUCAGAAGGAAGAAGCAUGCACAUUUGACUCCAGUCGUGUUAUUUCUACAAUAUUGAUAUCAUUUUAGAAGCAAUGUGAUGUGCCUCAGGAAUUUUUUUUCCUUGGCUUUUUCACCUUUCAGUUUAGAAUGGUAAUUAUUUGUUCUAGGCUUUGAUAGGGUGAGAUGCUAGUUAUAUUCCAUCUGCUCCAGUGCUUUUGGAUAGUGUAGGUCAGUAUAGUGCCUUUCAUCCUUUGCUCCAACCGAGUCUUAAUUAUGGAAAGUGCAUUUUCCCGUGAAGGUUCUAGGUAGCUUUUGAUUUCUUGUACAUAAAGUAUACAUUGCAGUGAGACAGUAAGUAGAUGAAAAUGAAGUGCACCCUGAUUGUUAUCAUGAGCGAAUGUGGCAGAGACAAACUUUUGGCAGUUCUGAAAUCCUUUUAUUUCAACUAUUAGUAUUUUUGGUUCUGCGGUUACACGCUUUAUUAUCACUUACGGGGAGAAAUUCUAACACGCACUAUAUUUAAUGCGGU